AUGUGGCUUCUCCUUGCUUUCGUCUUGCUGGUGUCUGCAGCUCAGGACGGUGACAAGGUACUAGAGGGCGAGGAGUGUGCACCCCAUUCGCAGCCGUGGCAAGUGGCCCUCUUCGAGCGUGGCCGUUUCAAUUGUGGUGCUUUCCUCAUCUCCCCACACUGGGUGUUGACUGCCGCCCACUGCCAGACCCGCUUCAUGAGAGUGCGCCUGGGCGAGCACAACCUUCGAAAGCAUGAUGGCCCAGAGCAAGUGCGCUCCGUGUCUAGAAUCAUCCCACAUCCGGGCUACGAGGCUCGCACCCAUCGGCAUGACAUUAUGUUGCUGAGACUUCUCCAUCCUGCCCGGCUAUCAUCUCAGGUGCACCCCGUGGCUCUGCCUACACGUUGCCCCUUUACUGGUGAGGACUGCGUGGUGUCAGGCUGGGGCCUGUUAUCAGCCAACAAGCCUGGAGACUCAGAGAGUCACAAGUCACAAGUGAGACUCCCCGAUACGUUGCAUUGUGCCAACAUCAGCAUUAUCUCCGAAGCAUCUUGCAACAAGGACUACCCCGGUCGAGUGUUGCCCACCAUGGUGUGUGCUGGAGUAGAGGGCCGUGGCACCGACUCCUGUGAGGGUGACUCUGGAGGACCCUUGGUCUGUAGGGGUGCCCUGCAGGGCAUCGUAUCCUGGGGUGAUGUCCCCUGUGAUACUACCACCAAGCCUGGUGUCUACACCAAAGUCUGCAGCUACUUGAAGUGGAUCCGGGAAAACAUGAAAAGGAACGCCAUGUGGUUCCUGACCCUGUUCGCAGCCCUGUUCCUGGGAGAGACUGGUGCUGCACCUCCCAUCCAAUCUCGGAUCAUUGGAGGAUCUGACUGUGAGAAGAGUUCCCAGCCCUGGCAGGCAGCUAUAUACCACUACACCAAAUUCCAAUGUGGGGGCAUCCUGGUGGACCCCAAGUGGGUGCUCACAGCUGCUCACUGCUACAGUGACAAGUACCAGGUUUGGCUGGGCCGCAACAGCCUAGAUGAGAAUGAACCCUCAGCUCAGCACCUGUUUGUCCACAAAAGCUUCCCUCAUCCUGACUUCAACAUGGACCUCCUGAAGAACAAUUCCCAAAACCUUGAGGCGGACUAUAGCAAUGACCUGAUGCUGCUGCAACUCACCCAGCCUGCUGAAAUCACGGAUUCUGUGAAGGUCCUCAGCCUGCCCACCGAGGAACCCACGAUGGGGAGUACCUGCCUUGCCUCAGGCUGGGGCAGUGUUGAACCCAUCGACUUCGAAUACCCAGAAAACCUGCAGUGUGUGAACCUCAAGCUCCUGCCUAUUGAGGAGUGCAUCAAAGCCCAUGCCCAAAAGGUGACAGACCUCAUGCUGUGUGCAGGAGACUUAGAAGAAGGAAAAGACACUUGCGUGGGUGACUCAGGGGGCCCGCUGAUCUGUGAUGGUAUGUUCCAAGGUGUCACAUCAUGGGGCCCUGCCCCAUGCGGCAAACCCGACAAGCCGGGCAUCUACACUAAACUUAUUGAAUUCGUCCCCUGGAUAAAUGAAGUUAUUAAGGAACACUCCUGA